AUGAGCUACUAUGGGGGUGGUUAUAAACCUGCUCCGGAGCCACAUGGCUCGGGAAUGAGUCCAAGUUCACCUGUUCCUUCUUUUUUUGACGAGGUUUCUUCUAUCCAGGAUAUGAUUAAACUAGCCCAAGACAAUAUCUCACGUAUAGAUGAAUUGCAUUCUCGAUCUUUGGGCACUGUUAAUGAAGAUGAGGCCACAAAACGUCAACUUGAAUCCCUUACCGAAAAUACGCGAAACAUUUUAGUUCAAACAAAAGAUAAAAUCAGAAAGUUAGAGGCGUUAAAUUUGGGGUUACCUCCUAAUACCAGUGAUUUAGCUGUUCGACGGGCUCAAACGGCAAAUUUACGGGAAAGAUUUUUACAAACAUUACAAAAAUAUCAAAAUAUUGAAUAUCAAAAUCGUCAGAAAUAUAGAGCACGAAUGGAAAGACAAUAUAAAAUUGUUAAACCUCAAGCUACACAAGAGGAAAUUGAUGCUGCUCUAGAAAAUGAUGAGGGUGGUCAAUUCUUUGCACAAUAUGGCGCCGCAAAAGAUGCUUUAAGAGAAGUACAAGAACGUCAUGAUGACAUUAAAAAGAUUGAGAAAACUAUUGCUGAACUUGUUAAUCUUUUUCAAGAAAUGCAGAUGUUAGUUGAAGCACAGGAUGCACCAAUUGCUGCUAUUGAAGAACAUGCUGUUCAAGUCACUAAAGAUAUGGAAUCUGGUGUUGCACAUGUAGAAAAGGCUUUAGAGAGUGCGAAAGGUGCUAGAAAACUAAUAGUACCAGCACCACGUAAUGGAGAACAAUUGAUAAUUUAG